CUCCAUUGUGCGGCCGUUGCGGGGGCGGGAGGCCGUGAGGGCCGGGCCGGGCCCUUUAGCUCCGCCUCGCUCGUGAGGGGGCGCGUCGUGCCGGAGGGCACUGACCCUCUGUUUAGGAUCUCGGGAUUUGCCCGUCUUAGAAGCAAAAGCACGCCCAACUUUGAUGCGCUGCCUAGAAACCAGAGGGUCCUCUUCCUCAUACAAAGGUGGAAAAUAAAAGCUUGAGGCCAUUGCUCCUUGUCCUGUCCACUACAUCACUGAAGAAGACCCAUCUCCAGCUUCUCUAUAAUCACCCUUCAGCUUUGAAGUGCAGCAAAGAAGUGAAAUCCAUUGAGAAUAGUCUGUUAAGUACCCCCGGAGGGCCCUGCUCAAGUCGAGCCUUGUUGUGCUAGGUGCUGUGUCUGCGGGUAAGGGAAAGCCCUUGCUGUGAAUGCCUGAUAGCAAGACAAAGCACCAUCUUCAUUUUACAGCUCAGAGACUUGGCACCAGGGCUCACAGGGGCAAAAGCAGCGAGAACUCAGCUCACCGAUAAGUUUGUGAAUACAAAUUGAGUGUAACAGAAAUUGAAAGCGUGCCCAGCCCAGGGGAAUUUGGUGAUUGUGGCACUAAUGAAAUGACAACAGAAGAAGAACCACGAGACUAAUAUCUAACCCACUGAGCAAGUGACUGCUCUGCCACUCUUGUCUGUGACCCUUCACUCUAGCCACCGUUCUGGAGGAGAGCAUAUCUUCAUUUAUAUAAUGCUGCUGCUUCGGUAUACGUCUGACGGACCUAUACCCUCCCUUUAACCACCACCUGUGGCAUUUGCCAGAGUCUGCGGCUCUAGGAUCAGCCUUCUUAGCCAUCAACCCAUCUAUAACCCUUCACUUGACCGUGGGAGUGAUCAUCCUUGAUUGUGACGGAUUGCCGAUGACAACGGACCUCUAGAAAAUCACUCAGGAAAAGCAGAGGGGAUGGUAGGAUGUUGGCGGUAUUUUAAGGCCCCGACCAUCAACGUGGAUCAUGUCGUUCCGGUUUGGACAGCACCUCAUCAAGCCCUCCGUUGUGUUUCUGAAGACCGAAUUGUCCUUUGCUCUCGUAAACAGGAAGCCGGUGGUCCCGGGCCAUGUCCUUGUCUGCCCUCUCCGACCGGCAGAGCGUUUCUGCGACCUGCGUCCUGACGAAGUGGCUGAUUUAUUUCGUGCGACCCAAAUGGUCGGGAACGUGGUGGAGAAACACUUCUGUGGCACCUCGCUCACCAUUUCAAUUCAGGAUGGCCCCGAAGCUGGACAGACGGUGAAGCACGUCCAUGUCCACGUACUUCCACGGAGGGCUGGAGACUUCAGCAGAAACGACAGUGUCUACGACGAGGGCGCCUGGCUUUCUGUUGCUCUUCGUGACCUACACUGCUUGUUGUCUCGGAUGACAAGGCCAGCUAGAAACCCAUGUCAGCAUUGGCCACAGCCAAGGUGUAAACACGAGUUCGCUUUCCCUGGAUCUUCUGGACUCUCUAAAAAGAGCUUAUUGAGACAGCUAAGGAAGUGUGCAUGGGAGAUGGAGCAAUUAAGCACGGAGACCAUGCCAGAGGAUAUGAGCCUGAACAGUGCAGGUGGGGAUGUGGGGGAUGCAGGACGUUAUACAGGUAAAUGAGAUAACUAGGGAGAA